GCGUGUCUCACAGCGCAGGGGGCAGCCGGAGCGCCGCAGACUCGGGCGGCUACAUGAGUAUAUUGGGAAUAAAAUACUCCUGCCAGCUGACGCUGGACCCCAACACAGCAAACAAAUUCCUGUCUCUGUCAGAGGGGAACAGGAAGGUGACACGGGGGGCAGAGCAGCCAUAUCCUGAUCAUCCAGAGAGAUUUGAUGACUGGUCCCAAGUUCUGUGCAGAGAGUGUUUGACUGGUCGCUGUUACUGGGAGGCUGAGUGGAGUGGAGAUGAAGCCUGGAUAGCAGUGACUUAUAAAGGAAUUGGGAGGAAAGGAGGGAGUGAUGACUGUGGGCUUGGAACCAAUGACAAGUCAUGGGUGCUGUGCUGCUCUCCUCACAGUUACUCUGUCCGGCACAAUAAUAAACACACUGUCAUACCCAUAAAGUCCUCAGACUCCCGCAGAGUAGGAGUGUAUCUGGACCGGGCGGCUGGUACUCUGUCCUUCUACAGAGUCUCCUCUGAUGGACUGACCUUCCUGUACAGCUUCACCUCCUCAUUCACUGAACCCCUCUACCCAGGGUUCUGGGUUUAUACAAACUCCUCAGUGUCCCUGUGCAUGCUGGGAUAGCUCACUGUGUGCUGGAGGAAUCAUUUUUACCUUAUCAGAGUGUCAAAUAUUGCUGCUUCUCCAAGGUAAAAAGGUAAAAUCUCUGCUUUUUAACCAGUAUAACCCUUUUCACUCUUAAGUGUGAUGUAUGUAAAAUAAAUGGCUGGGUUCGGCAAGCUGAACAAACAUGUAAAAUAACUGUAUUUGUUUCUAAAAUGUAAUCCUGGUGAUUGGGGAGGGUUUCCGCCUCACCUUAUGUACAUUUUAUAUGUUACUGUCUAUAUAUUUUAUUUGCUCCUGUUGUGUCACCUGUGACGGGAAGGGGGAAUUAUGAUUUACGGGUUUAUGGUUUGGUUAUGGCUUUCCCCCCCCCCUUUUUCCUUCUCCUUUAGGCAGUGCCACGAAAGCUUUGGGGCGUUAGCGCCGUCCGCCGGUGGUAAUUGAGGGGCGGGAUUUGCUAGAUUGGGCGGUGGGAGGGAGAGACUUGAUCGGGUUUUAAAGAUGGCCACGUGAAAGGUUCAGGAGCGCGGUCCGGGGACGGAAGGCGAUUACUACGGUUGUUUUUAAAGACGCGUCAGCGGGGCGAUGCGGGCUUUCCCAAGCGGAGCGCGGACUUGAGUGAGCUGAGGUACCAGGCUACAAGUUAAGGGUCUGCGGUAUCGAUAGAGGGACGGCGAGCGCGCAGCCAUAGCAUCUGGGGAGGUAGGAGCAGUGGGAAGGCGACGCAGAUGACGGCUGGGGGGGAUAUUGUGCUUAGGCCCCGGAAGUUCCUAACUGGUGGGGCGUAGGACGCUAGCAGUUCGGGUUACGGCAAGGACGGUGUUGUUCCGGGGUUGUUUGGCUUUAUUUCCCCCGCAGGUCUAAGAUCGCCGCCGUGGGUCGGCUGGCUUGGGAGGCACCGGGCUGGUGCCUAUUGCAGCCAACGGAUUAAGGCGGUGAGCGGCAUACGAGCUACCAGGCUAAGAGGAGGACGACGGGAAGAGCGUUGCUUAUCUCCGCGGGACCGAGAGAGCUCCGGAAGGAGACCGACGCGGCCGGAGUAUGGCGGCCCUGCUGGAAAGGGAUAG